AUGAAAGACACCGUUGGCUUUCAAAGGAAGCCACGGUUCCGCAUGAGUAGGCCUUUGUUUCUCCGCAUUGUGCAAGGUCUUCAACAACACGAUAUUUACUUUACACAAAGAGUUGACGCAACUGGUAUGCCCGGACUAGGAUCCUUACAAAAAGUUUGUGUGGCAAUGCAGAUACUUGCUUAUGGGUUACCUUCUGAUGCGGUAGACGAGUAUAUUCAAAUUGGGGAAUCAACCGCUAGGGAAUGCCUUCAUCAUUUUUGUCGCGCAAUCAUUGCAUGUUUUAGUGGCUGGUAUUUACGCACUCCAACUCAAGACGACAUUACACGCAUCAUGCAUAAUAGUGAGUCUAGGGGUUUUCCUGGCAUGUUGGGUUCCAUUGAUUGCAUGCACUGGGAGUGGAGGAACUGUCCAACGGCUUGGCGUGGUCAAAACAAUGAUGUUAACGUGCUCCACCGAUCCCCAGUUUUUGACCCUAUGACUUCUGGUCGAAUGCCACCUGUCAAUUACACAGUAAAUGGUCAUGCGUACAACUUCGGUUAUUACCUUGCUGAUGGUAUUUACCCCAACUGGCCAACUUUUGUCAAAGAAAUCCGACACCCAUAUGAGGAUAAGAAAGUCUAUUUCACUCAGAUGCAGGAAAGUUGCCGAAAGGAUAUUGAGCGUGCAUUUGGAGUUCUUCAAGCUCGGUGGGCGGUGCUCCGUGGACCAGCUUAUGGUUGGGAUCGUAAUCGUUUGACAGAGAUAAUGACAGCUUGCAUCAUCAUGCACAACAUGAUCGUCGAAGAUGAAGGGCCUUUUGCUGCAAACAUUGAUUUCGGAGACAACUCUUCAAGGAUUGAAUCAUCUCAAAUUAUAGGGGAAGGGCGGGCGGAAUGGGUUAUUAACCACUUUGAUCUUCGUCGCCAAGAAAGAUCGUGCUCACUUCAAAAUGAUCUUGUCGAGCAUUUAUGGGCUCGCCGUGGAAGUAUGUAA